CGUAGGCAGGAGGUGAUGAUGAUGAUGGAGGGAGGAGGAGGAGGAGGAGGAGUGCCGAUGUGUGCUGAUCAGCAGCAGGUCUGAUGAUGAUGAUGAUGCUGAUGCUGUGAGUCAGAGAGCGGAGGGUUCAGGAUGCUCACACGCGCUCCUCACUAGACAAACCGCGCACACAGAGAGACCGACGCUCCGCGGAGACACGUAUACAGGUCAUCUAUCCAGAGGUGGACUCCAACUCCCAGAAUGCCCGAGCAGAGUAAUGACUACCGGGUGGUGGUGUUCGGAGCCGGUGGGGUGGGGAAGAGCUCAUUGGUCCUUCGGUUUGUCAAAGGAACCUUUAGAGACACCUACAUCCCCACUGUAGAGGACACAUACAGACAGGUGAUCAGCUGCGAUAAGAGCGUCUGCACGCUGCAGAUCACAGACACAACAGGAAGUCACCAGUUUCCUGCCAUGCAGCGCCUUUCCAUCUCCAAGGGCCACGCCUUCAUUCUGGUCUACUCCAUCACCAGCCGCCAGUCUCUAGAGGAGCUCAAACCCAUAUACCAACAGGUUCUCGCCAUCAAAGGCACCGUGGAGUCCAUUCCCAUCAUGCUCGUGGGCAACAAAAGUGACGAGACGGCCCAGCGUGAGCUGGAGACGAAAGAGGGGGAGGCUCAGGCCGCCGCCUGGAAGUGUGCCUUCAUGGAGACGUCAGCCAAGACGAACUCCAAUGUGAAAGAACUGUUCCAGGAGCUGCUGGCCCUGGAGAAGAAGAGGGACAUGAGCCUGAGCAUCGACGGCAAGCGCUCGGGAAAACAGAAAAGAGCCGACAAGUUGAAGGGGAAGUGCAGCAUCAUGUAGAGUGAGCGGCGGCGGCAUUGACUCGCUGUAGAGAUGUGGAGCAGCAGAGACACUCCCCAUUUUUCCCCUGCUCUGCAUCUCAGAGGGCAGGUCUUCUUCUUUGGUGGCGCUCCUGAACACUGAAGCCCAGAGGAACAAAAUGAGGAACUAUUUAUGCCAGGGGCCUCAGGCUUGUCCUGGAUCCUGAACUGGAUUGUGUUUGUGGUCAUAAAAUAUUUUAACAUAAUAUACACACUAACUAACUGCUGCUACCUAUAACCACCACACUUACAUUAUAAUAAAGGAAUACUCCACUGAGUUUAUGGGCAUUUGAAGACUGAAAGUUCUCCACUGGUCUCAAACGGAGCCUCAAACCCGGCCAGAAGGUGUAUCUUUAGGACCCAGUCUGACUGGUACUGCUAAAUUUGAAAGAUGAGUAUAUUUGCUUUACUUCAGAAGUUACCAACCUUUACUAUUAUUUCUGUUCUUUUUAUGCCUUGCGAGUAUCUGUAACCAAGAAUUUCCCCUCUGGCAUCAAUAAAGUACACUGAUUCUGAUUACAGACCGUUAGCUCGCAAGGCUAAUGCAACGCACUGGGUACACUGUGUUCCCAUGAUGACAUGCAAGGAUCCAGACAACUUGCAAAGUUAGAAAGAAGAAAUUAACCUCAACCCAACCAACGCAACCUUUACGUAAACCGAAUGGCCCAAACCCAAACCACACUCGUGAAAUUUGUUUGGGAACCGUCGGGUUCAGGUUGGCUGAAGAGGGGAUCAGAUGAUGGUUUUAAAAACAAGAAGGUCCCUAGAUGUCAAAUAGAGAGAGACUGACCAAAAGUCAGCGAGUUUGCUGGCUCUCGUUAGCAGGUUGCUGGAGAAUAAAUUCUGUUGAAGAGUAGGACAGAGCUGCUAACGUUAGCCUAAAGUCUGAUAGCAUCCAGGUCCAGCUAAUGGUUCCAGCCCAAAGGUCUUUUCCAUCGUUACCCUUUAACCCCACAAAAAUAAUGGAGCUAAUGAAAUGCUAACUCUUGGCCUUGGAAGUAAUGUAAGAUUAUUAGUGUAGAUAGUAAACGUUAACUUAAAUCAGAGCAUAUAAUCAAUGUCACCUUUUCGUGAUUUUGGUUUUGGAAAGACUAGACUGCCACAUAGACACCUUGCUAACAAGCAAACUUUAAAUACACUUACAGGCCUCACAUGUGGUUUGCUUGGUGGCCCCUAGUGGUUAGCAUUGGUUUGGAUUUUGCUCUGGAUUGGCUGACUUUUUGCCACAACAGAUGCAACCAUUAAACAGCUACAGAUAAGACUAAACUAUAGUGAAGUAUUCCUUUAUCUAAUAAGACUGGUGACAUUAUGACUCCCUUCUUACAGCGGUAAACAAUAGGAAGUCGUCGGCUCUGCUUCCUGCUGUUAUUAGAGGAACGCCAACAUACAAGCUACGUGUCUUUAGUUUCCAUUUGGUCUGAUGAGCUGACGGACUGCCGUGGAAACAGCAGACGUUCUCACGUUAAAGCAUGAGGAAACUUCAAAAAGGCUUUGAUGAUUUCCACAAGCACAAGCCGGCCUUUUCACGCUGUUUUCAUCUCUUGUCAGACUCGCUGGAUACAACAUCUGUUAGCAUGAAAACAAAUGCUGCUUACGGACCAGCAGUGGAAGCACGCAGCAGCAGCAGCAGUACGAAAUGAUGAUCAUCUCCAGAGUCAGAUGUCACACAUGGAUAUCGGUUUCAUCUCAGUGUGUCCAGUACGGAGAUAGGUCCAGGAUGUGUUUAGCCUACCUUAGCAUAAAGACUAGAAACGCAUGGAAACUGCUAGCCUAUCUCCAUGAAAAGAAGGGGGAAAAUCCACUUUACAUCUAAUUUUCUGAUUGACAGAAUAAACAAGCUAAGCACCAACAUGUCUGGUUCUGUUAAUAAGCCUGACAUCUCCAAAAGUAUAUAUUAUAUUUUUAGGUUUUUGCAUUUAUUGUUUUUUUUAAUUAAGCAUCGUCAGUGAAAUCAUAUAUAAUAUUCCCCAAAAUAACAUUUAAAAAAAAAAGGUAUAAAUGUACAUUAAUUUAGCUGAUGCUUUUUUAUCCAAAGCGACUUACAAAAACCCGGGUCUCACACCAAAGGCAUGUGUCUUACCCACUGCCCCACCACCCCUAAAGAAGUAUGAAGCCUUCAGCGUCUCAGAGGGAGCUGUAUGAUGUCUGAUAAAUGUCCUCAAGUCAUGUAACUUGAGUUGGUGUCGGCUGAAGACUAUGGGCCCUAGCAAAGCGUUGCAAAGCACAGUGCAAAUGUUAUUGCUAGUUUCCAACCGACACAGUUAUCAUUUUCACGCCAAGAGCUGAAAAGCACAAAUGCACUUGCGCCCAUCUGUGCGCCCAUGGGAGUGUAAAAUGAGGUGUGGUCAGGCAAAUGGUUGGUGCGUUGCUAUCUUGAGCAGCAGAAAGCGAUUGCGCCAUUGACCAAAAAUAAACAGGUCUAAAGUCAGCAGCGCAGAAUUUGUUUUCAUCUCAGGGCAUCAAAUACUGAUGCUUUCGGAAAGGGUGACAUAGUUUUUAGACUAGAAGCUACCUUUCAGCGUCUGUGUGAGACGCUUCUGUUAGCUACAUUUGUAUUAAAGGCUUCGACAGCCCCCCAAAGCCCCUUACUCUAUCACCAGCCUGUUCUCAUUCUUAGGCAUCAUAUCUACACGCUCUGAGAAAACCGUGGCUAUUUUACACGAAACCUCAAUUUUGCGUGUAUAGGAUACGACCCCAGGUGCGUGUGAAUAUGACACGCUGGGGUGACUGGAAACGCUAGUAGCGUUGCCGGUUUGUGUUCAAGCGGUUGACAGUCCCCCAAGGCAACUUACCCUAGCCUUAACCGUCACAGUGUGUGCCUAAACCUAAGGCAGUAUAUAUAUGCAUGUUGACGUUGUGUUGCAACGCAAUAACAAACUGCAGCGUAUCACACACACACAAAAUCGACGUUUUGCGUACAGUCGCUACGGUUUUGUCAAAGCUUGUGUAUAUACAGCCUAUCACAGGGGUUUGUGCUUAAACCUAAUGUGUCAUGAAUGUAUGCCCCCCCCAAAGCUGUGCACAUCGGCCCCCUUUGUGUUGCUGCGACUCAGCAAACUGCGGCGUUUAAUAUGGUUUCUGGCUGCCAUGUGUGGUCUUUGCUAUUAAAUGUAGUGCCAGCGCUGGGUUUUCCUUAAGCUCAAUCACAUUAUUAUAUUUCAUAAAAAAUAACUUUCCUGUGGUGUCUCCUCUACUGCUUCAAGUCUUGUUGUGUCAAGCUAGCAUACCGACAUCUUGGACCUAUCUCUGUGCCGAUGUCCUUGAAGAGAACAAGAGGACUUCUAGAUAUGGGACUGCUGCUCUACAGCAGGACAGAGGACCGGACAUUGUCUGAGCAGCCGCUGUAUAUUUGAAAUGCCUUUCCCACCACUUUACUUGACAGUUUUGUAUAUUAUCCAAACAUAAGUGAGCUUAAAAACAUUACGAAGCACAAACACAACAAACUAAAGUCAGAGAGCAACAAGCCGAAAAGCACACAUUCAUCCAUCUUUACCGUCAGUGAGUCGAUCAGUUUCUGCACUUUUGAAAAACGCUCCGUGUUUCUUUUCUCUGUAAAAAGCUUUUUGACAUGUUUUGUGUCUGAGAUGUCGCCACACCUCCCCGCUACAUCUCUCCGGCUUUAGCGAUACUAAAAAUGGCUAUUAAAAAACUUUGUAUGUCAGGCAGCGCUGAGAACUUAAACAUAACGUUAGUUUCAGCAGGUUGCACGCAGCUGUUUCUGAGAUCUGAACUUGUUCCUUCAACUUUUCAUAUGUGUAGGAUUUGAGGAAACGCUGCAGCCUUCUGUAAAAUACUGCUUUAUUUUAGGGUCCCUCCUUUUUAGAUUGUCCUCACCUGGGGACGGGCACAGCAGGUUCUUCAUUGCCUAAACACUGAAAGAACCUUUAGUAGCCGCGCUGCACUAAACAGCUGUUGUCUGUUUUUACAGCGAAAGUAGUGCGACGUUAUGAAAGUGCCACAAAACCACGUGAGGAGCGGGUCCGGGUCACUUUAACCAUGUGAGCCACGAGCAAGUCUGUCACUAUAAAGUCUUUUAGUAACAGACCUGCAUGUAUGAUCCUGAUUUUUGAUUUGUGCCGUCAGCGGAAGGCAAAGACUAAAACACAGUCCUGUCAAGAAAUGAUUGGUUGCUAAUUAUGAGACUUUAGUUAGUGGAGUCUGUCAGCAACAGGAAUUUCUUUGCUCAUUUAUAUUUUCAUUAUUAAGUGGAAAUUGCAUUCCUGUUCGCUACCAACUAAACGCUCCUGUCACAGUUUAUCACCAGUUGUUAAUCUCCAUCAAGCGAUCAACUCAGCAUUCAUCACGUUUUGAACACUUUGCAUUGGCAACCUGACAGAGAGCUCCAGAUACUGGGCUGCUUUGUGGGGCUACGCAGGUGUGUCUCGAUGAGGUGAUGAUUGACAGGUGUGCAGGUGGAGGUAAGUUCAGGUAAAAGGUGGAAUUAAUUUAUUUCCAUUUGUAUUGUAUGUAAAAGUUAUCUCUCCACAUAAUAAACUGGGUUUGUAACUCAAAAGGAGAAUGUGAAAUCUUUAUUUAUGAGUAUAUUUAGUCUAAAUUUAAUCAACCCGUGUGUGAGGAGGGUCAUGGACAUGUUUUGGACAAACUGUGACAGGACUUUGGUCGGGUCGGUGUGUUCUGUGGCUUCUCAUUUGUUUUGAGGGGAAAUGUAAACUUUUCUCCAAAUAAAAACAGCUCUGUUGUA